GAAGACCGGGCCGAGGGCGCAGACGCACCCGCGGCCGGAAAGGGCCUGCGCGGGCCGGGAGCUGGGCGGCGGCGAUGGCCGCGGAGUGACCGCUCGAGGCACCGAGUCCCCGCCCGCCGCCGCGAUGGGCCCGCCGGCCGGGCGCGCGCUGCUCCUGCUGCUCCCGCUGCUCGGGGCGCCGGGGGCGCUGGGGGCGCUUGGGGCCCGGGCCGGGGCCCCUCAGGCCGGAGCGCGGCCGCACGCGCUGCGCUUCAGGCUGAUGGGCGCCACGGAGCCGGAGCUGGGGCUGCCGCUGCUCCGGGCCGCGGGCUUCGUGGACGAGCAGCUGUUCGUGUCCUACGACCACGAGCGGCGCCGCGCCGAGCCCCGCGCCCCGUGGCUCAGGGCGGCCGGGCCGCUGUGGCUGCAGCUGAGCCAGAGCCUCAAGGGCUGGGACCACAUGUUCACGCUGGAUUUCUGGACCAUCAUGGACAACCGCAACCACAGCGCCGGGGCCCACACCCUGCAGGUGGCCCUGGGCUGCGAGGUGGGCGCGGACAACAGCACCAGGGGCUUCUGGGCCUACGGCUACGACGGCGAGGACCACCUGGAGUUCCGCCCCGAGACGCUGAGCUGGCGGGCGGCGCCCGGGGCCUGGGCCACCAAGAUGGAGUGGGAAGGGAGCCCCGUGCGGGCCCGGCAGAACCGGGCCUACCUGGAGCGGCUGUGCCCCGAGCAGCUGGGGCGGCUGCUGGAGCUGGGCGCCGGGGCCCUGGACCGGCGAGUGCCCCCCUCGGUGCGGGUGACGCGCCGUGUGGCCUCGGCAGCGACCACUCUGCGGUGUCAGGCUCUGAGCUUCUACCCGCCCAGCAUCACCCUGCGGUGGCUGAGGGACCGGCGGCCGCUGGACGCGGAGCCCGCGGAGCUGCUGCCCAACGGGGACGGGACCUACCAGGCCUGGGCCGCCCUGGCCGUGCCCCCCGGCCAGGAGCAGGGAUAUGCCUGCCAGGUGCAGCACCCCGGCCUGGAGCAGCCCCUCGCUGCCACCUGGGAGCCCUCCGUGUCGGGCGCCCUGGUCUUUGGCAUCGUCAGCGGGACCCUCACGGGUGUCGUCCUCAUCUUCGUCGCUGGGGUUUUGUUCAGAUUCCUACGGAGGAGGCGGGCGUCCCGAGGCACCCUGGGGAGCUAUGUCCUCGCCGACCUUGAAUGAGGUGCAGCUGCCGACCCCGCCGGAAGGAGACGGUCGGAGACCCAGAGCAGGCGCCGGGUGACUUUGGUGCUGGAGAACAGAGCUGCACCCCGCAGAUGGGAGCUGGCCCAGAAACCCCUGCUCUCUGCCGCCCCUCAUUUAGAUUUUAGGUUCCUACCUGCCAACAGUCCCCCCUACCUCCCCCCCUCCCCCCCAGCGACCGCUCUGAGGAUUCCAGGCUGGAGGAAGAGCCUGUCUCAGUUUCCCGCCCCUGUGACCCCGCGCGCUGGCGCCAUCUCAGCUCCUCCCUCCGCAGCCAGGCUGCUGGAGUUUGCGGGCUUGGGAUUCUCCAGAAGCUGCGGCCCUUCGGUGCAAGAGCUGACACUGUAACCACUGGGCCACUCCGGCCAGGGCCAGCUGGUGCUUUCUCGCUGCAGCUGCCGCAUAUAUUUGGUUGCAAAGCUGUGGCGCGAGGCCUUCUGUCUCGCAGGGCAGGUGGCUCAAGAGACCAAAGAUACAUGUAAUACGUGCUCACUGUAAAAACAUUGAAGAGGAGUAAACCUGAAGCUAUCAUUUUAGCCAACGAUAAACGCUAUCAAUGUCGUGUGUUCCUCUGUCUUAGUGCGGUAUGAAAGUGUAAAAAGCAUCCAAUGCACAUGCUUUAAUAAAGGCAUGAGGAGUUGUGUUGA